ACAAAGCAUAAUCAGAAAUUAGGUUCGUAAUCACUAAUUAGUUGAAUAAAUACCCGAUGCCUAGGGUUUCAUUCCAAACCAAGACAUCACUGAGAUUUAUGUCAAACAAAACAUCGAAAAAUGCCGCCGCUGCCGCUCAACCGGCGGCGACGCUAACCCUAACCCCGUCCAGCACAAAACUCCCCGCCGACAUCGUGAUCGAAAUCUUCAAGAAGCUCCCCGCCGCCGCCACCCUUGGCCGGCUCCGCUGCGUGUGUAAAUCAUGGCGCGCUCGUCUCUCCGACCGGGCUUUCCUCCGCCGGAUUCUCGUCACAGACGACGAUCGCGAUGGCAGCCGUCAGAUCAUGAUAUUCCGUCUGACCGGCGAUCAAAAGCCGCUCUUCUCUCCCUGCUCGUACGACACUCUCCUCCCCUUAUCCGUCGAUCCACCGCAACCGGUCCUCCUAAUCUCCACCGCCGGCGAAGACAUGCGCUGCAAUAAAUGUCACGUUGUGGGAUACGACAACGGCAUCUUUUGUUUGGGCGACGGGAUAGACGAUCCCGGCGGUUUCCAUCUACACAACCCGGCGACCUCGGAGACCAAAGCAUUACCCCCGUCGCCAUUUACCACGACGGAAUAUAGCGGCGGCUCUUGUGGCCACAUGUUCGGUUUCGACUCGAAAGCAAACGACUACAAGCUCAUCAGGCUGAGAAAGGUCAUCUACAAUCACGCGUGGAAACGGGUCGAGGACGGCCGGAACGACGAGGGUGUCAGUUUCGCCGAAGUCUACAGCUUGAGGAACGAUUCGUGGAGCAAGGUCGAGACCGACGUCAACCUCUACUGGUUUUGCCUCUACACGGCCACCUCGGCCCUGGAAAGCCACGACGGGAAGUGCUACCGUUGGGAUAGACAAGACUGUAACGAAGAGAGGAAGAGGACGAGGGUCCUCUCUUUCGACCUGGCGAAGGAAGCGUUCGAGAUGGUCGAGGUUUUGGAUCCUCUGGCGGAGAAGAGGCCUGCCGACUGGUACAAGGUGACGCGCCCUCGCCACGUCGCGUUCUGGAGAGGCUCGAUGGUGGCGGUUUUCGACGGCGGGAGGAUGAUGCCGGUCGGCGCCAUGCUUGAGAUAUGGGUGAUGCUGAAGUUUGGAGAGGCGGGUUCGUGGGUGAAGCUGUAUGACGUGCCUCGGGGGAGCGACGGGAGGGAUUACUAUAGGUCUCGCCCUCUAGGGUUGUGGAAGGACUGGAAGUGUGUGUUCGUGAAGAAGAAGGAGGAGGAGGAGGAGAAGAGGUCGGUUCGUGGGGGAGAGGUUCUUGCGUUCGAUCCCGAGACUCGGGACGUUGCUGGCCUCGAGGUUCGAACGGAUUUGGAGGAAAUUAGGGUCGUAUGGGAUUAUGUUCCCAAUCGGGUUUCGUUGCUAGGGUUUUCUGACGCAAAAUGAUCGAGUGUUUCGUUUCGUUUUGUUUUGUUUUUUGUUGGUAAUCGAGUUUACCUUUUCGAUUUAGGUUGUUUCUUUUGUUUCGUUCA